AUGGUCGGCGUCGGGCCCGGCGGCGCCCGCUCGGCGCUCGCGCAGGUCGUGCUGAUCAACUCGCGCGAGGAGCUCGUCUACGCGGCGUACGUGCGGCCGGCCGAGCCGGUGAGCGACUUUCGGACGGCGGUGUCGGGCAUCCGGCCGCACCACCUCGCCCGCGCCGUGCCGUUCCAGCAGGCGCAGGCCGAGGUGACGCGGCUGCUCUACAAGCGGCGGCUGGUCGGGCACGCGCUGCACAACGACCUCAAGGCGCUGCAGAUGUCGCACCCGAAGAGGCAGCAGCGCGACACGGCGAUGUACGCGCCCUUCCGCGCGCAGGGCGGCCCCACCUCGCGCGCGCGCAAGCUCUCCGACCUCGCGCGCGAGCUGCUCGGGAUGCGGAUCCAGCAGGGCGAGCACUCGCCGCUCGAGGACGCGGUGGCGGCGCUCCGGCUGUACAAGCUGCGCGCUGCCGAGGCGAGGUUGUAG